AUGCGCGGGGGAGAUGGAGGGGGCACCAGGCUCCGUCUGGGCAGCUUCCCGCGUGUUUCUUCAGGGCUGGACAGGCUCCAGAUAAGCGAUUCCCAGGCCGCGGUUACCGCAGCCACCUAUCAAGCGUGCCUGGGGACAGCGGUUAGCGGGGAUCUCCCCCGCUCCGAGCACAGCCUCCCAGCCGUCCUGGGUGGUCGGAGCGAGGGGAAACCCGCCUUCGGGGAAGUGAACCAGCUCGGGGGGGUGUUUGUCAACGGGAGACCCCUGCCCAAUGCCAUCAGGCUGCGGAUUGUGGAACUGGCGCAACUGGGUAUCAGGCCGUGCGACAUCAGCCGGCAGCUCCGCGUUUCCCACGGCUGCGUCAGCAAAAUCCUGGCUCGCUACAACGAGACCGGCUCCAUCCUACCGGGGGCCAUCGGAGGCAGCAAGCCUCGGGGGCUCCCGGGAGGCUCAGCGAGGUGUAGCGGGCGAGAGACAGGCUUCCCCUUAACUCUGUCCCGCAAACUUCUUCCCGUGGGGAGACGAAGCCGUCUCCAGCCCGGGGCAAAAGCGCUCCGCAUCCCGGCCCCUGCAGCUGACCCCCUCUUCCCUCCCUGUUUCCCAGCAGUGAGCGACUCCUCGCCUUACCCCAGCCCCAAGGUGGAGGAAUGGAGCAGCCUGGGCCGAAAUAGCUUCCCCCCCCCGGCCCAGCACACCGUGAACGGCCUGGAGAAGAGCUCCCUGGAGCAGGAGGCCAAGUACAGCCAGGCACCCAAUGGCCUCCCAGCUGUCAGCAGUUUCGUCUCAGCACCAGCCAUGCCUCCCUAUGCCACACCAGCCCAGGUGUCACCUUACAUGACAUACAGUGCCACCCCGUCUGGGUACAUGGCCAGCCAUGGCUGGCAGCACGCUGGUGGCACCCCGCUGUCCCCUCACGGCUGUGACAUCCCCGCCUCGCUGGCGUUCAAGGGCGUGCAGACGGCCAGGGAGGGCAGCCACUCCGUCACGGCCUCCGCUCUCUGA